AUGCGCCAUGCCACAACGCAGAUGCAUGCGAGUGGCUUUUCCAGCCUCUUGCAGAGGCACUGUGCUGACAGCGCUCUACGAGAGUCCUGUUCGGAGCUCUCUCCAUUUGCUGGUUAUGACCUGGCGCUGCUGGGUGCAGGUGCCGCAUCGCGCGCGCGCCGGGUUGCUUCUUCCAUGUUUCUCGACACGAGUCCAGCUAGAGGUCCAGCGUCCGGAAGUGCGUCAGGGAAGAAGAUAGAAUGGGACACUCUACCUUUCGAAGUGCCCGCACCCUCGGACGGCAAAGUCGUCAUUGACCGUGAGGAUGAGGAGAAUCUUCCAGACGAGGAGCCCAGCGACAUCGGUCCUGUCGUGCCACCUCAUCCACCAAAACCCUCUGCGAUGGGUGAUCUACGAGGAGAAGCCAAUGGCCCUCGGCCCGCAGUCCAUUCACAGCUGGAUGCGGAUGAAGCAGAACCUGCAGACACUGUCACAGAGGCUCCAGAGGAGGUAUCUGGAUAUGUCAGAGAGACGAGGACAGUUGAGACAGGCAAGUGGCCGCCGCAUCCUAGACAAGACGGAAACGCUGACCUGCCUGCUGGGCCAGUGCCGAGCAUCAAGAUCUAUGCCGAACACCGGUAUGCGGAUGCUGAGAAGGCAAAUGAGUCUUGGUCAGAGCUGCUUCGUCAGCACGAGGAGGCAGAAGCAAGUGGCACGGCCAGACAGACUGAACUUGAGGUGCACUUGAGAGACUUGAAAGAUGAAGCUGAAUCUCAACAAGAUGCCCCUGAGCCGCUGUACAAAAGUCCCAACGCGGACAACGUCAUUCCGCCUGAGCUUCGAACCGGGCUAGAGCGCUAG